CGGUAAUCUUGAAUCCCCUUUGAGAUAUGCCAGUAUUCUAUUUGCCAGCGAACCUUUACUAGGAAGAAUGACAAGAAGAAUAAAUUGGACCGAGAUAGCUUUUUUGUCCUUGGGACUUUAUAACAUUGACAUAGAUUAUUUUACUCAAGAGACGUUAAACUUAAUUGCGGCCCCCCAAUAUGUUUACCAGAAGUAACCAAAUUUGAGUUCUCGCUUAUCAAAUUUGAACGGGAAAGGUACCUGAAAUGUUCAAUGAGAUAACAAUAUCACCUUCGAAGACCUCUCAAACUGGUUCGUCUUCGUCUUACAUGAAGUUGGUUGGUCCUAAUGUUGCUUAGUUGGUACACGGUUAGUUGGUUCCAGCAACGAGUCGCGAUUGGCUUACGCACCACAUCAAAUCCAAAAUAAGUUACUUUCCGGAAUAUAAAAUCCAGUUCUGUCCGCGCUCUCUCUCAUUCUUCAAGAAAAGAAUUCAUUCAAUUUCCUCUCAUCAUGUCUUCUACAAACUCAUUAGAUCUCAUCGCGCGGCUCGAGAGCCUCAAGCCAGGACUAAAGUCCGGAGACGAAGAUGCACAGAAAGAAGCUUUGAUGCUGAGCCGAAUGCUUGGCGUCAGUUUGAACCCACCAGCCAAUACUGCUGUGGAACUCGCGUUCGGUGUAAGUAUUUCCUCGCUGUUCUAUACGUACCAAAGCUGAUCAUCAUUAUGUGAAGCCUUUCAUAGCAAUGGGUGCGAAAAUUGCGGUUGAUUUGCAUCUUUUUGAGUAUAUCACUGCGCAGGAGACACCGAUCUCGGCUAGCGAGCUUGCUACGCUAUCUGGAGCAGAGGAAUUGUUGAUUAGUACGUUGUAGGUUCUAGUUCAGAAUCUUAUAAAAGCUAAAGGUUUUUCCAGUAAGGGUUUUGAGACCACUAGCAGCGACAGGUUUCGUGACAGAAGUCGAUUCGAAAUCAUGGAUAGCAUCUCCCGUCAGUUUUGCCAUGGCAUCUAAUGAGAUCGCCUCAGGCCAUAGAAUGAUGUGAGUUAUCUUGAGCCAAUUUCCCCAAGGUAUUCGGAAUCUAACAAGAAUAGUUGGAAUUUAAUCGUCCAAGCCGCAUCAAAGACACCUAAGUACCUCAAAGAAUCCGGCUACAAAUGCCCAACGGAACCCCAUGACGGACUCGUCCAAUACGCGUUCCAGACUAAACUCCAAUGCUUCGACUUUAUCUCAGCUGAUCCUGAACUUCUCAAAGAUUUCACGACCUUUAUGGGAAAUACUAUGGGUGCGAGGAAUUACUGGGUUGAUUGGUAUCCAGUCCAGAAACAGAUUUUGGAUGGUGCUGAGAGUGAUGGGACGUUACUUGUUGAUGUUGGAGGUGGGAAGGGCCAUGAUCUCAUCCAAUUCCAUGAGAAGUUUCCUGGGAACAAACUUGUUUUGGAGGAAAUACCUCAAGUUGUCGAAAAUUUAAGGGAUUCCGAACAAGUUUUUGAGAGUGUUGUUUAUGAUUUCUUUACUGAACAGCCGUUGAAGAGUAAGUUUGUUCUAUUCGCUCAUACCUAGCCCCUCUUCAACGAACCGAAUCUAACAGUAGACCCAGAUGCGCGCGUCUACUUCUACCAUCAUAUCCUCCACGACUGGGCGGACACUAAAUGUCUCGAGAUACUGGCAGGUCUCAAACCCGCCAUGAAGCCCGGCUACUCCAAGCUUCUUUUGCACGAGAUGAUCAUCCCCGAGACAAAAGCUUCAGGCUUUCAUUCCAUGCUUGAUCUUACGAUGAUGGUGUUUAAUGCUGGAAUGGAAAGAACAGCGAGUCAGUUCACGACUCUGCUUGAGAAGGCCGGCUUUGAAGUUGUGAAGAUUUGGACUCCGGAAGGGGAUCAUGAUGCGGAUGGGAUAGUGGAGGCGAUGGUCAGGGCUUGA